UCAUGAGAAAAAGGGGCAGGGCUUCAAUCACAUGACCACAGCCACUCUCUUUGGAUGCCCCUGGCGCAGGUCUCAUUUUUCUGCUUUAGUAUAUUACAUGGAGCUGCCAGUCAUGAACUUAGAAGUUCAGAAUGGAAUGCGAACACCUGUUAUCUUUUCACUGAUACCUAUGGUUUUACUGGAUUAUCUUCCAUAUAGAUCCAAUCCAGAGCAAAAUGACCCUCUCCGAGAUGCUGUGCAUAGAUAUCUUCAGCUCCCAUCUGAUCAGACAGUGCUGAUACUUCAUGCAAAAGUUGCUCAGAAAUCAUAUGGGAAUGAAAAAAGAUUUUUCUGCCCACCCCCAUGUGUGUACCUCAGUGGACAAGGCUGGAAACAAAAGAAGGAAGAAAUUAAAGGCAAAGAUGUAACAGGGUCCAGUUCCCAGAUAUGUGGGUAUAUAGGGCUUGAUAGCAUGGGCAGUAGCCAGGUAGAAAUGCAGAAGCUGAACUUUGAGGAACAGCUGGAUUCCAAGAAAUUCAGCUGCGCCAAAGCACUCUACAUCUCAGACUCUGACAAGAGGAAACACUUCCAGCUAGUCCUGAAGCUGUUCUUCAGCAAUGGGCAGGAGAUCGGCACAUUCCACAGCAAGCUGAUCAAAGUGAUCUCCAAGCCCUCACAGAAAAAGCAGUCCCUGAAGAACACAGACUUGUGCAUUUCGUCUGGGUCAAAGGUCUCCCUCUUCAACCGCCUGCGCUCCCAAACCGUCAGUACCCGCUAUCUUUUUGUCGAGGGUGAUACCUUCACAGCAAGUGCCCGGCAGUGGGCAGCGUUCACACUUCAUCUGGAUGAGUUCCGUUCUCAAUCCCAGGCUGAGUUCCCACUGCGGGAAGUCUACAUUCGGUAUGGUUCCAGAGUUCGACUUAUUUGCACAACUACUGGGAUAGCACUGCCUCCUCUGAUCAUUCGCAAAGUUACUAAACAAUCGGUAAUGCUGGAUGUGGAUGAACCAGUCUCCCAGUUGCAUAAAUGUGCCUUCCAGCUUCAUGGGAGUGAUAGGAUGUACCUCUGCCUCUCAACAGAGAAAGUAAUCCAGUACCAGGCAUCUCCUUGUCCCAAAGAAACAAAUCGGGAAUUGCUGAAUGACAGUUCCUGUUGGACCAUCAUUGGAACAGAAACAGUGGAAUACUCAUUCAGCCUCAGCCCAACCAGCAUCCAGGAUCCGGUGGGCCCUGUCCCUCUUAUAACAACCUUGGAGCUGACAGGAGGAGGGGAUGUGGCAAUGCUAGAAGUCCAAGGCAACUACUUCCACGCAAAUUUGAAAGUUUGGUUUGGAGAUGUGGAAGCAGAGACUAUGUACAGGAAUUCCAAGUCGUUAGUGUGUGUUGUUCCUGAUGUCUCUGCAUUCAGCCAUGACUGGAGGUGGUUGCGAUACCCAAUCACUGUCCCCCUUCUGCUAUUAAGGAAUGAUGGUCUGAUUUAUUCUAGCACUUUCAGCUUCACAUAUACACCAGAACAGAGUUUCCUGUCUGGCCAACCACUCCUGCCAGAGAUGAUGCAGGAUUCUGACAACUUGCUCAAUACCAUCCAUCAAGAGUUCACCAAGACAAAUUAUCACCUUUUCAUGCAAAGUUAGAACUGGACUGUAUGGUCACCAUUGUUUCCCUACAGCAGAAACUGUGGCAAAUACAUGACUUUUAUAAAAUGUUGAAAUGUGGUUUUUCUAAAAUAGGAUUAUUUGAACAUUUAUUUUUAAAUCAUGCUCUGUACACAUAUUAAAACUGACAGAUCUGUGCUUCGACACAAGAGAAGCAGGAAUCAGACUACUUAACAGCAAUGCAUUGCUUUAGUAAGGAACAGGAUUGCUGAUGUAUUCGCCUGCAUUUGGCACCUUAGAGAAUCCCAUUCUCAGUAGAAUAUAUUAUUAAUAUGCAUUAUACAAUUGUAUGUACAUUAUAUAUAAUUGUAGCUAUAUCAGCACAGGCAGAGAAACUCAUGUUGGAUAUUUAUCAAGCAUCUAGUAAAAUGCAGCAAUAACAAGCAAUUCCAGUAUCGUGUCUCAAUGAUGGUUUUAAUGCAAAUGUGAGAGUUGGUAGAUGGGUACAUUCAGAGGCAUUUGCGGGGCGGGGGGAGAUAAAAUAUCAGGAUGACUACCACAAUUGCCUUUUUUCUUUUAUUUUUUUGACCCCCACCCCACCCCACCCCACCUCCCCCUGUGGAUGCAAUUGGGUGAUUUUAUUUAUUGGGUGAUCAUUAAGAGAUGGGUAGUUUUUGUUGUGCAGUUGAAGCAAAAUGUAGUUAGACUACACUCUGCUGUAGAGAAAUUAAUUCCUCUUCACCUCUUUUUGGGUUUUGAUGAUGCACUUCUAAAACAAUGGAGAUCAAAUGAGUCUGUGUAGUGGUGUUGCCGAUAAAUGGUUACAUAAAUAUGCUGAAACAAAUCCAUCAAAGACAUCUCAUUUAAAACAGAGCACUUCCCACAUUUCUAUACUUUCCAGAAGAUACACACUUGUCUGUGGGAGGAAUAUCUUUAGAUACUUUUUGCUUCAAACAAAAACUCCCUCCAACCAUUCAGUUGACUUUUAACACUCCUCACUUGUCCUUCUUUGAAGGCUGAGAAAGAACCUCCACUGUAGAAGCAGUUUCCUACAGUGGCCAAAUAUCUGAAACAGCACCAUUUUAUACAAGGUGGCAUUUUCCCAGAGAAACACAUCAUUCUUUGGGAUUGUGGCAUCAAAGAGCUAUCUUCACACAGUUAAGCUUUCAGCUUUAGUUGUAAAAAUUGGCAAGCUGUCUCCAGUUCAAUUCUUAACCAACACCAUUUUUCAGCUCCCCUUGCUUCAAGGAAGCAAGAACGUGACUGAAGGUGGGGGAAAAUAGUGGGCCUUUUUCAAGUGUUCAGUAUGAAUUCUCAAAAAGGGUUAAACCCUCUUUUAAGUUGAGUGGGAGUCCGAUUGCCAAUUAAUUUUAAGCAAGCAAUGCAAUCUUAAAAGCUACCAGAGGGAAGUGAGAAGGCAGUAAUGUUUGAUAUCUCCUUGCAGGAGGCAGUAGAAAAGGAGGAGGGCCAGAUGAAACAAGAUGCCAUUCAUUAGGCCAGCUAAAGAAGACCCUUCAUUGAACCACUACUGCUUGGGCCUGCUCAUGCAUAAAUGCAUGCACAAUUUUUUUAUUAAUAAGUUUCUAGCAAGUUUCAAAGGAUGUUGGGAAACAUAUAUAGUAUUUCCCAUACAUGCUGUUGGCUUGAAGGUCUUUAGAUGAAUGCUGUAUCAAAGGGCCAAUCCAACAUUCUGAGAAAUGUUUUAGCAUCCAAGGCUAACUUAGAAGGGAACAUGUUGCCAAAACUGUACUGGCUUUUCUAACCUGUAAGGAACUCUUGAAAGCUUAUAGAGGAGACGGGUGGAACAGACCACAGGUUAGUGACUGUCAGCCUGCUAAAACAGCCAAGCAAUCCAUGCCAACAAGAAACCUUUAAAAAAAAAAAAAAAAUUUCUCUACACAGGGCUUUAAUGGUGGAAGGUUUCUCAAUGCGUUUUUUCUCAAUGCGUUUUGUGGCCAUUUGAAAUCCUGUGGUUGGUGUGCUUCAGAUUAGCACAGCACUCAUUUGAUGCCAAUGGUUUCUGAGACUGGGCUCUCACCCAUGUCCAUUUAUGUUAACUUAGGUACUUCUACAGUGUCAAAGACUCCGUUCAUUUAUUCACUGAGCAUGCUGAUCUCAUUAACAGGUGACCCACCUUUGACACACCAAAGCACUUCCAAUCAUUCACAAACUCAGCACUCGCCCAGUUCUAACUAGACCUUAAAAAGCCAAGGUGUAUUUUAUUUUCAUAUACAGAUUUAGACUGUUCUUCAUUCCCGAGUCCAGAGCAAUGUACCUACAUCUCCCUAUUUUAGCAUCACAACAACCUUUUAAAUACCGAGGAGAGACAGGAGUA